GUCAGUUGCCGCGUCCAUUGGUCUGCUCCCCCAACGACCAAUUAAUAUUUGUCAAGAGACGAAUGAUUGACUCAUCUUCUCAGAACAUGUGUCUGGGUCUUUGGACUCGGCAUAAAAAGGGGGAUCGUGAAUGGAUGGGGGAGUAUGUUUAACAGCUCGCAGUGUAACAUACAAUGUAAGUAAAUAAUUGUCUUUUAUGUAAAUUUAAUUAAAUCCUAUUCUGAGCACUUGUGACUAACAUGUAAUACUGGGAUAGGCAGUCACGACCACGGCUAACAUGCAGGUGUAAAAAGGUGUAAGAGUUUAGCAAAGGACAAAUUUUUAAGCAAUGAAUCGACGUCAUGCGCUGGUCUCACCUGGCAGUCAUUCAUUGUACUCGACAUGUCGCAAUCUGAUUAUACUCAGGAGUGCCUGCACUUCUGCUAAAUAAAGCAAUAGUACGGAUGUAUCUAAACAUCAGAUUAUACGACUAUUUACCACUGUAGAUCCCGAAGGUACAAUUGUAUGAUCUGAGAGAACAGAGAAGACACCUGUUUCAACAAGUAUCUAUAUCUCUCCAAUUACAUUAAAAUGAAAACAAUAAAACUUACGUGAUAGGACUGGAGGGGUAGGGGGAUGUUACUGAUAGUUAUAUUCCAUAUUUGGCAUUGGGAUGAUUUGGUUUUACAAAGGUCGAUUAGGUUUUUGUCGGGGAUUAAUCUUAUCUCGAACAUACCCGUGAUCUGACUCGAUCUGGGGCGACGUUGAUAGGACUGUGUCGAUGUGGGUUUGGGUCGAAGUGACCAGCUGCCGUGAGUAACGAGCGGCUUCGCAUACUCGAAUUCCACGUACAGCGCCCAAUACAGUGCAUUGAAUCUACUGGCCGUGAUAUAGCUGCACCUCGAGGAUACGCCAACAGAACUCAUCCGCUGACGUUAGCAGGAAGCAUUCAAGCGAAGAUUACCUUUAGACUCGACCGACUUCAGGCCGCACUUUCUCCCGGUAGUAAUCCAAGAUGGCGACUGACGCUGAAGACACCAGCCUGAGGACACGAUGGAUGAUCCGAGUUGGCUUGGAUUUAACCUGCAUUGUGAUGAUUGCAAUACCAGUCUUGCUGAUAGACCGGUUGGCAGUCCCAUUCCAUCGUGGCUUCUUCUGCGACGAUCAAAGUCUUAUGCACCCUUAUAAAGCAGACACAGUGCCUCUCUGGCUUCUCAUCAUAGUAGCAAUUGGACUGCCAUUGAUCACAAUUCUGCUGGUGGAAUUCCUCCCACGUAGGAAGAGAAGUUGGUGUGUUGUGGUGCCUUUUGAUGCCACCCCGACAAAUAACAGCAACAAAGAAGCCUGUUAUCGCAUCCUUGCCGUCUUUUUCUUCGGCCUGGCGAUCACUCAGCUGCUUACAGAAAUAGGCAAAUAUAGCGUAGGCCGACUGCGACCUCAUUUCCUAUCAGUCUGUAGUCCACAGAAUCUGCCACUCAACUGCUCUAAUAUCUUUAUUGUGCAAGAUGUGUGUACAGGUGAUUCACCAGACAAAAUCAAGGAGGCCAGGUUGUCUUUCCCAUCAGGUCAUGCUUCUAUGGCGAUGUUUGCAGCAGCCUUCCUGAUGAUGUAUCUGCAAGCGCGGUUGGUGUGCAGCUAUGUCAAGUUGCUGAAGACUGUGAUGCAAGUCGCAGUAUUCUGCCUUGCACUCCUCACCUGUCUGUCACGCAUUUCUGACUUCAAGCACCACUGGAGUGAUGUUCUUGGGGGCAGUUUGCUAGGGCUUAUUGUGUGCUAUCUUCUUGUUACAUCUUUGAAGGAUUACCACCACCCCUUUUUCUACAAGCGACCUAUCUACACAAGCCUCGUGAGAAAACACCAGGCAACAUAUACAGCAAAUGGCAACUCUUCAUCUGACAACACAGCGGACGUCCACUGCUCUGUACAGAUGCCAGGGGACAGCUGCCCAUUCUGAUUGCUAGUCAUCCCAACAUUUUAACUCAUGCUGUUGUGACAAAGUGUCAGGGGGAGUAAGUAUAAAAUGAGACAAUCAUUCACAGCAUCAUCUCCCUUGAACUACAGUGAAACUGGUCUUAAAUACUCAAAGUUGGAGUUGGUGUUACCAGAGUGUGUUAUUCUGUGCUGCAGCUUUUAAGGUGGUGAGCAAUUCCUCAGUCGAUUUGCUGUUGUUAUGUCUGUGACAUUCCAUAUGCAUGAGAUAAGAUUAUAGUAUUUAUACUUAAACUGUACUGAUCAUGUGUAGGUUUGAUAAUAUUUAUUUAUACAAGUAUUUUUAAACAUAUCUGCAUGCUGAAAAAAUAUUGCACAUGCAUUAACUUUGAGGAAGUAUGUCUUUCAUUUUUCAAGACGAUUCAAAAUGCUGUUAUUAGAAACAUUUUUCUGUGCUGGAUUUUUUUUUAAGAUUACGUGAGCAUUGGCUUAUACUUUGCUGCCUGUGAUAGUUUUGUAUGGCUCUCAUUUGGUCAACUACUGCCAUGAACUGAUGUACUAUGACUACAUAGUCACUUGCUGUAUGAAUACUGUCUGAGUGAUCCCUACAUUGUUCCCAAGCCCUGAUGUGUAGGUUAAGAAGAAAAAAAAUCAAAACUGUUUGCUGUUUUUGCUAUUGGUUUUUUUUUGAGCUGAUUUGUUUUCUUAUUUUGUAAUUUUUGGCAGUGUAAUUGAGGCAGAUAUUAAAAUUAUUAUUUUUUAAAAAUAAGUGUUUAUAACUAUGACCUGUAACAUUCAAGUGCAAAUAUUUAUUGAUGCUUAUGCUUAUAUGCAAGCACACUAUCAGCUGUGACACAUUUUGAUGUUGACUUCAUAAUGAUUGUCUUGUCAUCUCAAGAUGGAAAGGGCAUCACCCAUUCAAGGAAUUAUUUUCAUUGUGGUGUCUUUUCUGACAUAAAUGGCAAAAUCAUGAUUAAAAACAUUCCAAAUCUGCAA